AUGGGGAAGAUAACGAAGACGCUACAGCCCAAGCACAAGGAGACCUUGUCUCCUUGGCUCAAGUCCUACGUCGAUGCCGCCGCCACGACCCCUCUACCCCUCCUGCCCAAACAUUUGGCCUCAUAUCCUUCACGAUGGCCUUUCGGGCGCGGCGAUCUGUACCACUGGAUUCCACUUCUGAACAGAUUUGACAGCAUUCUGGAGAAGUUCUGCGACAUCUACGAGUUAAGCAAAGGCCCGCAGCCCAAAGAGUUUGGAAACGACCUCCUCUUGCAUCAUAGCGGGGAUGCCGAGCUGAAUGGACAGAGCAACUGGCGCGAUGAAAUGCCGGCGGAUUUCCAUAUCCCAUCAGAUGGUGAUGAACAUCUUGUUGAGGCCGCGCUGAAAUUUACACGCAUGCUUCUCGAGCAUUGUGGAAACAGGAGCAUUUACGCUAGCAGCAGCCAUCUGAACGAUUUGUUGAACUCAACAUCCUGGAAUAUUUUGAAUGCAGCUCUCGAGGUCGCAUCCGAACUAGCCCAAAGAUAUCAAGCGUCGGUCCGGCGAAUUGGAAAUGCAUCACGACACAUUAGUAGUGCACUUCUUGCCAACCAUUACAGUAUCGACCUCGAUCGCGUUCAACAGCUAGCCCAGCCCUUCGUUCGCACGCCGAUCGCUAGCCUUGCCGAGUCUGCUGCAACAGCAACCCCGUCUUCUACUUCGAAAGGAAAAGAAAGAGCACAUGGACAUAGCAGCAAAAGCUUGGGUCCAAUGCACGCAAAUGAUCUUUCAUCUGUGGCCUUCUCUGAAGGACACAACUGGAAUGGGUGGGGAGACAUCAAGGUGACCUACUACCCUAUCGAUCAUGUCCCGGACAACAGCAAAGAUAGCAACAACAAUGGAAAUACCGAGAGCACACGCUUCAAUCUACCAUCAACACCAACACCUUUGAGGCGGAGCUCGACGAUGAACUCUCCCCAUCAAAGUACUCCCAAGACAAAAACGCAGACGGAAGACUCGUCUCCGUUGGGUCCUCGCACCCCGGGAUUGACUGAGGAUUCGAGUACACCUAGCCACAAGACUUUUGAACUCACUCAAAAUAUAGUGACGACGACUCCUAUUUCGGAUCUAGUUGCGCGCUGCCCGCCCGACAUGCCGGCCGCGGUCAAGUACGAGGUCUUCCACCGUCUCCGGGUUGCCAAGGCUUUGACAGGAAAUCGUGUAGAAGAUCGGCAGUGCCUCCUGGCCACACGAUUAUUGGCAAUUACCAACCUUGCAUAUAUCCAUACCGAGAGUAUCUUUGUUGAAAAGGUCCUACGCCAAGAUGCCGAGGAGAUGAGAAGGUUCCAACUGGUGUACCAGCUUGCUGAAAUGAUCCAUCCCUCUACGAAUAAUCAUCCAGAGUUCCCCGUUUGGUUGCAGAGUAUUGCAUUGGCUCUCCUGGAAGCUGUUUCGAAUUUCAAUGCUCGAUGUCAAGAUGUAUUAUCAGCCUUGAACGCCAACGUUAACCAUGGAAUUCUCCUUUACGUUAUUCGCAAAGCUGUGGUUGGGAUGAAAAUGGAUGACAGCGCUGAGGAGGGUGAACUUGCUACUGGCUUGGAUCACUGGCGUAACAGUCUGUUCUCGCUGACAUUGCAUUUAUCAAUGCACACUAGAGUUGGGCCUGAGAUGGUUUCCGCAGGGCUUAUGGAAGUUCUUGUCGAGAUUCUUAAGAUUCGUUCCCAAGUUGCACAGCGCCACCACUCUAUGGUCGUUGCGUUUUUGGAUGGGUUGAUUUGGACAUACCAGAACGCAUUUACUGCCUUUUUCAACGCCAACGGAUUAGAUGGUGUUGCCGACCUCGUGGUUGAUACAGUCAAGACGGCAUUCAGCCUAAUGGAGUCUGGCAAGGGGACCGGCCCCGAUCACAGAUCGAUUGCCGUAGACUAUAAGAUCCCCUAUCAUCAACAGCAGACCCUUAGGUGGCUUCUCAAAUUCAUUCACCACAUCAUGUCGAACUCUUACAGUUAUAAUGGCAACACAGAUAGACUUCUGCGAAACCUGGCCGAUAAAUCAGACCUGCUUUCAAGUCUGAAACAAGUUAUCGCAGACAAAGAAAGCUUCGGCUCAGUUGAUUGGACCAAUAGUGUGACCAUUCUGAGCGACUUCAUCAACAACGACCCCACCAGUUUUACCGUCAUCCUCGACUCCGGGCUCAUCAAAACCUAUCUGGAAGCUAUUACAAACCAGCCAAUCUCCGACGAGGUUGCCAAGGAUCAGAAAACAAACGAGGCCGCGGAAAAUGAACCAGAGAGCCCUGGUAGUUCAGCCCUAAUGGCAGAUAUCGAUGAUCACGACGACCGACCCCAUCCACCGACCGAGGACAUGAUGCGAGUGCUCGGAUCCAAGCCGUGUGCAGCAGGGAUCUUGCCAACGUCGGAAACUAUCAACGUGAUUCCCCACGUUCUGAAUUCAAUUUCGCUGAAUAAUGCUGGAAUGAAGCUGGUCGUGGCAUCGCGGGCUUUCGAGAGAUAUUUCGAAAUCUUUCUCAGCCCUGCUCACGUGAAAUGUAUGGAAAGUGACGCCGAUCUUGCUAGUAACGUUGGUGGAAACUUUGACGAACUUGCUCGUCACCACCCUGCCUUGAGAACCUCCAUCUCAAACGCUGUUAUUGAUUUGGUAGCUCGUGUUCGAUAUAUGGGAAUCCGAAAAGCCCAGACGGAUGGCUGGGGUACAAAACUGCUUUUGAAGGACUCCGACGGAAAAAAUAUCUCCGUUUCUUGUGAUGGUACGUUUAGCGAGGCCUCUGAGUCGGCUGAUGCACACGAUUCUUCUGCCUCGCAAGAUAACGAUACGCCAAUGAUUGAUGCUGGUUCAGGUCCAGCAGACCUGCCUAGGCUUGGACUUGCCCCAAUCCGUAUUCCGACAAAAGAGACUUCGGAGAACUCGUUUACUCCUUACAUUUUCGCGAUGUCGAGUUUCUUAUCUGCAUUUUUGAACAACUCAGUCCUGAAGAACAACUUUGCUGAUAAGGGUGGUCUGGAACUCUUACUUGACAUUUGCGAAUCGCCUAGCCUGACCGCAAGCUUUGGCGACUCGCUUGCAUCCCGUGUGUUGGCUCAAGUAGUGUCCCAGUUGGUCGAAUCUGCUCCUGUUCGCGGACUGCCGUCGGUUCUGAACCGUGCCCAGGCUGCAAUUGACUUUCUUGAGCCUAUUGCCUCGAAGAGAGAGCCUGUUCCUCCCAUCUUUGCUCCUUUCAUUGCACCAGGAUAUUCACUACCAGCGACAGAAGCUGAAAUACCUUGGAAUGCAAAAAAGGGUACUGCCAUGGUCAAGGCCCUCCUCAACGCACAGACAUUCAUCAAGAUCAUUUCUGAAUGCUUCCAGACCUCCUCGAGAUCAAACACUCUUUCAUUCUACCCUGUCAAUGUCUAUGAUAAGUUUUUGCAUCUUGUUGGCUCUAUUGGUCCACUCUUCCCCGGCGUCCUCGCUGAGGAGGCUGGUCAGUUGACCAUGGUUCCCCAAAGCUGGUCCUCUAGACGCAGCUCUCCUCUUGAUGGAUUCCCUCAACCUACAAUCUCGGGGAAUGAGGCAGGACAGGCAUCCAUCCCUGAUGCUUUGGGAAGAACUGAGAGCAGCACGGACUCUAGCAACCCAACAGAGCAGGAACAAUCUAGCUCGCAAUACCAGAAUUACGAGGUUUUCCGAAAUGUGCUGCAUCCUAUGAUCCCGACUACCUUUCCCUUGUUUCAGUCACUGGGAAGAGCCCUUCUGCCCCGUCGGGACCAGCAUCAGGGUGAUCCAUACCCACGACCCCGCCACAUCGAGAUUGCCAAAGCGCUGGCGAACUCAAUUCUGAAGUAUUUGCGUCCCUCUGUCGAAGGAAAAAGCCCAACCUCCAAAGAUUUCCAUUAUUGGAUCAUCAUGCUCCACUGCAUUCAUGAGAUGCUAGUUGAACAUCCUUCCACAAGACAUAGCGAGCGCUCUAACCCACAACUCAUCGUACCUGUUUUGCUUGCAUUCAAGGAGCUGGGUGUAGUAGAGCUGUUGAGUUUGAUGCUUGAGUCGUUCGCUAGCAGCGUGCGCCAGGGAGGCGACAGCCAGCCUGAAGACUCGUCGAAGGCAAAAGUCGCCACAUUUGGGCUGAAGAAGAUCCUUGACCUCUAUCUCAUUCUGUGCAAUGGAAAGAACAUAAUUGAUACGAGCAAUUACUUCAAUCUCCAACGGCAGACUGACAGGUCGCAGACCGUUCCGCACAUUUUCCAACAAUUCGUGGUAGAAUUGCGAGCGUCUAUCUUGCCCUCCAUUUCCAAGUUGUGGGACUCUUCUCUUCUUGAGAAAGUACCUGAGCAUACCGCUAAACGGCUCAUUGAAAUUCUGAAACUGAUUUCUGCUGCUGAUCACGAGCCCUCAUCUACACCUCAAGACAAGAAACCCUUCUAUUUGCUGGCAUAUGCCGAUGCGAGGUUCAAUUGGGGCCAAGUUCGUGGGCUGGUUCGCGAUCUGGUGAAUGAAAACUUUGAGGAAGGUCUCGUUCAUGAAGCGUUGUUCCGAGCCAAUGGAAAUGAGCAACCAGCUCGGGAGUAUUGCAGAGCCCACACUUCAGGCAUUGGGGGUGCAAGAAAUCCAAUUCCACAAGCUGAUGCCGAUCUAUCAGCUCUAGCCGAUGACCGUCACACAAGGACAGACCGACCCUCAUCCCAAAGGACAACCUCAUCAGACGCUGAUCAAAUGUCUCUGGACGAUUUUAAUGGUGACCAUCCAGACGGUUCUGCUGACCGGUCCCCGGAAGACACUGAAGAAGCCAGAGCGGGCGAUGCCUCUACAAGCCACUCUACAACAGUUGUGGUCCCUGGUUCUGUUUCUGAUGCUGCCGGUAGUUCAGACAAGCAUAAUCAUUCGGAGUUCACAGCCACUAAGGAAGAUCUGGAUAAACAACGUUCGGAUCUGCGCAAAGAUUUGAUAGACAGAUGCUUGGAUGUGAUUCGCACGCAUCCCGAAUGUGCUAUUGAAGUCUCGGAACUCAUUACAGCCAUGGUUAUCCGCCACGAGAAUGCUGACAUGCAUAUUGAGGUGUGCUCAACGGUGACCCUAGCACUCUCUUCUCUGGCUUUUGACGAGGACGAAAAGAAAAAGAAUGGAAAAUGCAUUGCAUCAUAUUCCCAUCUUUUAGCCUUGCUCCUACAAGACGAAACCUUCUUCAGCAACAACCUUGACAAUCUGCAAGAUAAGGUGGAGGAGUUUACCUCGUUCCUGAAUAUUCCUCCCUUGGCGUCAGGUGAAGACUUGCCCCCGUGGAUCCCUUAUAUUCUGUUGGUCUUGGAGACUUUGCUUCGCCACGAUGAGCGACCUGUGGCUGCGCAAUGGAAACCUCCAAAAUCUCUUGAUGACGAUGUCGCGGAACCGGUACUGAGAAUGCCUGAUCCGUUGGUCAACGAAUCUCAGAGGAGGGAGCUCCUCGACUUCGCACUGGAUCUCGUUCCUCGUGUUGGCAAGGAAGAGGUUCUUGUCACCUCGGUUCUUAGGGUGCUCGUCAUUUUAACCCGCAAUCGGGUUCUUGCUCGACAGGUCGGUGAAAAGCGAAACAUGCAACGACUGUUCCUUAUGGCGAAACAGCUCGCUGCUACGGGUGCUGAACGCAUGAAGCACAGCAAGUCUAAUUCAUACGUCAUGACUAUACUGCGCCAUGUCGUAGAGGACGAGGAUCUCGUCAAGCAGAUCAUCCGCGCGGAGAUCAAGAAUGAUUUUACGAACAUCACAAGGAGUCAGCGUGGGCAACCUGAUAUUUCGGCAUAUCUCCGACACAUGGCGCCUCUAGCACUUCGUGCCCCCAGCCUAUUCGUGGAAGUUACAAACGAGUUGGUUGAAUUCUACAAGUGGAGCCCUGCGUCAGAGCAUGGCCGGCAAGCGACCCUUUGCCUGAAAUCGGACAGCAGAUCCAACACAAGCAGGGAGCAAGCAAGCGCCAGUGCGCCGGAGGAGUCGGAUGUGAAAGAGUCUACUGAACCUGCCGAUAAGGACAUGAUCGAUGCCCCUAGGUCCCACCACGAGAGCAAGCGACCUGUUGUCGAGAACUCAGAUGGUGUCAUCCACUUCUUACUCAGUGAGUUGAUCAACUACCGGGAUGUCGAUGAUAAGGGGUUAGCCCCUCUAGGAGGUGAGGCAAAGACCGAAGAGGAGGUCUCGGAUCAAGCUAGCACAGACACCGCUACCCCGGAAGGUACUACAUCUGAUGUCAAGGACAAGAAGACGGCUCGCCCUCUCUUCAAAUCCGAGGAGCAUCAGAUUUUCGUCUAUCGAGGUUUCCUGCUCAACUGCUUGACAGAGCUCCUCCAGAGCUACAACAGGACCAAAGUUGAGUUUAUCAACUUUAAGCGUAACGCACCUCCCCUACCAACUAGUACACCAGUGAAGCCUCGUUCGAGUGUCCUCAACUAUCUGAUUUAUGAUCUGCUCUGUCAGAGUAGCCUCAACGGCCCGGUCGAUUCUAUCGCAUACAAGAAAAAGUCUGCGACUGCUGUACACACUCAGAAACUCCUGGUUGCACUUGUUGGGAAAACUAGGGAGAAACCGGUUGAUCGUGACCUACCCAAAUUUGCAUAUGACGACGAACCUGAUCUUCAGUUUGUCCGCAAGUUUGUACUUGACACAAUAUUGAAGGCCUACGAGAGAGCACCGAACUCUGAAGAAUCGCUUGAAACCCGUUAUUCUCGGAUGCAGAGCCUGGCUGAGCUGAUGAACCAGAUGGUUGGGGAGAGAGAUCGAGAACACACUGGGUCUCGAAACAGUGAUCCUAACCAAGUGAGGUCUCAAGCCCAGCUGCGUCGGCUGAUGUACGAGAAGGGCUACUUGGAAAAACUCACGGCAUCUAUUGCCGAGAUUAGCCUGAACUACCCUGGUGUAAAGCGGUCGAUUAAGUAUAUCCUCCGUGUUCUUCGUGUUCUGACGGACACGGCUAAAGAACUAAGCCACACCAAUCUGUUACCGUCGGGCUCUGUCGCAGAUAGUGGCGAUGAUGAGUUUGGGUCUACUUCGUCUCUCUCCGACUUGGAGGACGACCGAGAAGAAACCCCCGACCUUUAUCGCAACUCUUCCCUUGGUAUGCUCGAGCCUGGGAGAGAUGUGGAUGAAUCGGAAGAAGAAGAUGAAGAUGGCGAAGAUAUGUAUGGUGACGAGUACGAUGACGAGAUGGAUUACGAUGACGAAGAUAUCUCGGACGAUGACCAGGACAAUAUUAGCGAAGACAGUGAGAUGGGAGAGAUCGAGGGGCUCCCAGGUGACCCUGAAGUUGUCGAGGUCAUCAUGGAUGGAGAUGAAGAUGAGGAAGAUGAUGACGAUGAUAGUGAGGACGAUGAUGAUUUGGACUCCGCCGAUAUGGAAAGUGUCGAGUCACGGGUGGAGAUUGUUGACGAACAAGGCAACCCUAUGGAAGACGAUGGGGCUUCUGACUGGGAGAGCGAUGACGAUGUCGAGGAUGAAGAAGACGAGGACGGCGACAUCGAGGCUGACGACUUGGAUUACGAAGCCGCAGGCCAAGACAUGGACGAAGCUCACAUUCACAACAUAGCACCUCCAGCCGACCUGCUGGGCAACAUGGCCCGGGCCCUGAUCGAAGGAGAGGAGUAUGAACCUGAGUUGAUGGAUGAACACUAUCUUGAGAGUGGACAUGAUGAUGAUGAUGAAGAAGAAGACGAGGAAGAUGUUGACGACGAGGCUUUCAUCUAUGAUGACGGGUUUCCUUUGGAUGAACAACCACCUCCCAUGCCAGCUCUUGGGUGGGAUACUCUCAACGCCGAAUCUGAUAGAAACCGUCUCGUUUUGCUGGACAACAACGGAGGCAACCGACGCCGGAUUCUAGCUAGAAUGGACAAUCGUAGUCCUUUUCCCAUUGGCCCAGGAUUUGUGGCCGGUUCUCCUGGAGACCCCCUCGGAGACUUCCGCAGCUUCUUCUCUCGACACCAUCGGUCAACUGGCUCGCAGAAUAAUGCUGAAGAUGGGGUGAAUCCACUUCUGCGACGUAUCGACCAAGGACCUGAGAGUGCUGGGCGAGCAUCACACAGCCACUCUAUUGGUGUGAGAUUGCCAGAGGGGCUACUCGGUGGUAUGGGCCGCCAUGGAGCAGAUGGACCUAUGGGAUUCCUCGGUGAAUUGAUGGACAUUCUGCCAGUAAUGGGACGCAAUGGCCAAGCCUUCCACUUCCACAUAACAGGCCCUAGUGGAACGCGUGACGCCCGAGAAUUGGGACUGCGAGCUACUCGUAUCGAACAACGCCGAGAAAAUGUGGUGCAAGAGCCUUGGCAAGCAGUUUCCUUUACUGCCCAAAAUACGCUGGAUAGAUAUGAAGAGGAGGCAAGGAUGCUCUUUGGUGGGACCUUGGUAGCCGAAGCAGCGAAAUUGAGCAACAUGAUCUCGGCCAUUCUUACACCUGCCGCUGUGGAGGCAGAGAAGAAGCGCAUAGCCGAAGAGGCUGAAAGAAAGAAGCGUGCAGAGGAGGAGAGGCUCAAGCGAGAAGAAGAAGAGCGUCGCAUUAAGGAAGAAAAGGAGGCCGAGGAAAAGGCUGCACGAGAAAAGCUAGAAGCAGAAGAGCGAGAAGCCGCCGCGCGUGCUGCGUCAGAAGCUGCGGCACACAACGACUCGCAAGCCAGCCAAGAGUCCGGCCCAGCACCCGAUAGCGGCAGCGCGAUGGAAGGAAUCGAAGAAGCCGAGGCCAACGACGCAGGCCCUUCCAACACCUCUGUCCCAUCGGACCAACCCCGUGUUAUGGCUAUGCUCGGAGAUCAGGAAAUUGACGUAACAGACUUGGGAAUUGACCCUGAUUAUCUGGCAGCCCUGCCAGAAGAGUUCAGGGAAGAAGUGAUUGCUCAAGCCGUUUCUGCCAGACGAUCAGAAGCUCGAGCAGAAGCACCGGCUGGAGAAUCUACCGUGGCAUUCCAAGAGUUCCUUGAUGCUCUCCCAGUCCAACUUCGACGCGAAAUCGAACAACAAGAGGCUCAAGAGCAACGGCGUCGAGAUAAUGGAAACUCCCGCCCGGCUGUCUCAUCUGGUGGACCCGAAAUCGUUUCCGGUGACAUGGAUACAGCAAGCAUCUUACUUACCUUCCCUCAGGAGCUUCGAGACCAGGUCCUUCUGGAGCAGGGCAGUGAAAUCAUGGAACAUCUCCCUCCUGAGAUGGCUGAACAAGCCCGAAGACUACAGCGGAGCAACGCGGUGCCACACCCCAUCCCAGGGCAUCGACCUGUCGCAAUCACCAGGACCGGACAGCAACCUCCGCCCCCUGCAGCGACAGAAAGCAAGCCACAGCGUCGUACCGUUGUUCAAAUGCUGGAUAAGGCCGGAGUAGCUACACUUGUGCGGCUAAUGUUCAUUGCCCAGCAGGGAUCUAUCCGCAACUAUCUUUUUAGCGUGUUCGCCGAUGUUUGUGAGAACCGACAAAAUAGGCUGGAGGUAAUCAGCACAAUUCUUCAGAUCCUCCAGGAAGGUAGCACGGACAUGAGCGCUGUCGACCGAAGCUUCAGUCAUCUGUCACUCAAGGCCAGGAGACACAACAGAGAAAAAGAUCUUGAGCAGAAAACUCCCCAAAGUCUCAAGAAGAGUUUGACGGCUUUGAAUUCUACCAUCACAAGUCAAACAAAUUCCGAAACAUCGCCACUGCUUAUUGUUCAGCAAUGUUUGGAUCUUCUUGUUGAUCUAUGUACACGAAACCCCGGGAUUCCUUGGCUCUUCUUAACCGAGCAUGAGACGGUUGGGUCAACUCUGAGGAAGACCCUUGGCCGUAAAGGCAAAUCAAAGGACACCAAGGCUCACAAGUACGCCAUUAACUCGUUGCUCACUCUGCUCGACCGGGAUCUGGUCAUGGAGAGCUCGGUCGUGAUGACCCAUCUAGCGGAUCUACUGAAUCGCGUCACAAUUCCCCUAUUAGCCUUGGAUCGCCGUCGAAGGGAAGCAGAGGAAGAAGUGGAAGAGGAGUCUGCGCCUAAGUCCGCCGACGCCCAAGCAGACCAGGAGCCAAAUGAACCAAAUGAACCUUCCGCCGCGGCUGGACAGGCCAGCGGGGAGCCUGCAGCCCCCAACCAACCAACAACCACAGAAGGUGGCCCAUCAGCAGGAGAUGAUGCAAAGACAAGCCAGAAAGAUGAUUCUCGAAAGAAAGCUCGCCAGAUUCAGCCUCCUGUGAUCCCUCCACAAAAUCUUACCCUUGUAAUCAGAGUAUUUGUGGCAAGGGAAUGCAGCUCCAAAACUUUCCAGAACACGAUCAACACAAUCAAGAAUCUCUCAACUGUGCCAGGAGCAAGGUCUGUCUUCGGCCAAGAAUUGGUCCGUCAGGCUAGGCUUCUUAGCGAGAACAUUGUGACCGACCUUGAUGAGCUACUCCCGCAUAUCGAAAAAGCAACAUCGGGAACUGAGAUUCAAGGUGUCGCGCUGUCGAAAUUCUCCCCUGGAGCAUCUGAACAAAAUAAAUUGCUCAGAGUCUUGACGGCUCUCGAUCAUUUGUUCGACGGCAAGAAGAAAUCUAAUGGUGGUGAAAAUGACAAACCAGACAGUGAAAAGCAAGACCUGGUCACAUCUCUCUACCACAACUCAACCUUCUCUGCCAUGUGGGACAAGCUUGGUGCAUGCUUGACAGCUAUACACGAGCGAGAGAACAUGUUCAACGUCGCUACCAUUUUGCUGCCACUCAUCGAAUCUCUCAUGGUUGUUUGCAAGAACACGACUACUCAAGAUGAUCCUUCUCAGGCUCAGUUGAGCAAGGAGAUGGUGCUAUCUAGCCCCCCUCCUGAAUCACGUACCGCCAGUCUGUUCUUUUCGUUCACUGAGGACCAUCGUCGCAUUUUGAACGAGUUGGUCAGAAAUAAUCCCAAGCUCAUGUCUGGCACCUUUGCUCUUUUGGUUAAGAACCCGAAAGUCCUGGAAUUUGACAACAAGAGAAACUACUUCAAUCGAAGCGUGCAUUCCCGUUCGGGCCAACCUCACCACGGCCGGCCUUCUUUCCCCACCUUGAACUUAUCAGUCCGUCGCGACCAAGUCUUCCACGAUUCGUUCAAAUCACUUUACUUCAAAUCCGGAGAUGAGAUGAAGUUCGGGAAACUCAAUAUCCGUUUCCACGGAGAAGAGGGAGUUGACGCUGGUGGCGUUACACGAGAGUGGUUCCAGGUUCUGGCCCGACAGAUGUUCGAUGCCAAUUAUGCUCUCUUCAUCCCAGUGUCAUCAGAUCGAACCACGUUCCAUCCAAACAAACUCAGUGGCAUCAAUGACGAACACUUGAUGUUCUUCAAGUUCAUUGGCCGUAUCAUUGGAAAGGCCCUCUAUGAAGGCCGGGUUCUGGAUUGUUACUUCAGUCGCGCUGUCUACAAGCGCAUUCUUGGCAAAUCUGUUUCAGUAAAGGAUAUGGAGUCAUUCGACCCAGACUACUACAAAUCACUUUGCUGGAUGCUGGAGAACGACAUCACCGACAUUAUUACUGAGACCUUCUCAGUGGAGGACGAUGAGUUUGGUGUCACUAAAGUGGUGGAUCUUAUCCCCAAUGGGCGGGAAAUACCUGUGACGGAUGAAAACAAGCAGGACUAUGUCCGCCUCGUAGUUGAACACAAACUUCUUUCAUCAGUUAAGGACCAGAUGGAACACUUUUUGAAGGGAUUCCAUGAUAUCAUUCCCGAAGAGCUCAUUUCGAUUUUCAAUGAACAGGAACUCGAACUCCUCAUUUCUGGACUUCCUGACAUCGAUGUUGACGACUGGAAGAGCAACACAGAGUAUCAAAAUUACAAUCCCUCUUCCCCUCAGAUCCAGUGGUUCUGGAGAGCUGUUCGCUCCUUUGACAAGGAAGAGAGAGCCAAAUUACUCCAAUUUGUUACUGGAACCAGCAAGGUUCCUCUGAAUGGUUUCAAGGAGUUAGAAGGCAUGAAUGGUGUCAAUCGAUUCAACAUCCAUAGAGACUAUGGCAACAAGGACCGGCUCCCCACCUCUCAUACCUGCUUUAACCAGCUCGAUAUCCCCGAGUACGAAAGCUACGAUGCUUUACGAUCACAAUUGAUGAAGGCCAUUACCGCUGGAAGCGAAUAUUUUGGUUUCGCAUAG